UCCUCCCCCUUCCGCUCCUCCUCCCCCCUCCCCCACUUCCUUCUCCUUCUCAUCCUCCCCCAGUCCCUUCUCCCCUCUCCCCUCACUUCCUCGUUCCCUCCCGCGCCCUGCAGGUCAGCCCCUCCUGCUGCCCUCACCCCAGAACCCGGCUCGCUGCUGAGGGUCCGGACGAGAAGCCCCCGACCCAGGCCAGCCUCCACCAGAGACCCAAGCCAGCUCCCUCGGGAUGCAGGAGGAACAGCCCCAGGAAGCUGCGGAGGAGCCGGCCCCUUCGGCGGCGGCCUCGGAAUGUGACCCUGGGGUGCUCUCCAGCGACUCCCAGAAUCUCUCUGAUGUGGAUGCUUUUAAGAUCCUUCUGGAGAUGAAAAUGAAGAAGAGACAAAAGCAGCCCAGUCUUCCAGGUACUGUCACAGAAUUGGUCACAGAAGAAGGAAGUAAGGUGUACGUGGUUGGCACGGCCCACUUCAGUGAUGACAGCAAGCGGGACGUAGUGAAGACCAUCCAGGAGGUGCAGCCUGAUGUGGUGGUGGUGGAGCUCUGCCAGUACAGGGUGUCCAUGCUGAAGAUGGACGAGAAGACGCUGCUGAAGGAGGCUAAGGAGAUCAACCUCGAAAAGCUCCAGCAAGCUGUCAAGCAGAACGGAGUCAUGUCGGGCCUGAUGCAGAUGCUCCUCCUGAAGGUCUCGGCGCAUAUCACGGAGCAGCUGGGGAUGGCCCCGGGGGGCGAGUUCAGAGAGGCUUUCAAAGAGGCCAGUAAGGUACCUUUCUGCAAGUUCCACCUCGGGGACAGGCCUAUCCCGGUGACCUUCAAGAGAGCCAUUGCAGCCCUUUCCUUCUGGCAGAAAGUGAAGCUGGCCUGGGGCCUGUGCUUCCUCUCUGACCCCAUCAGCAAGGACGACGUAGAGAAGUGCAAGCAGAAGGACUUGCUGGAGCAAAUGAUGGCAGAGAUGAUCGGCGAGUUUCCCGACCUCCACCGGACCAUCGUCUCGGAAAGAGACAUCUACCUGACGUACAUGCUGCGCCAGGCCGCCAAGCGGCUGGAGCUCCCCCGCGCUUCCGAAGCUGAGCCCAGGAAAAGCAUCCCUUCUGUGGUGGUCGGAGUGGUGGGAAUGGGCCACGUCCCUGGCAUCGAGAAGAACUGGAGCACGGACUUAAACAUCCAGGAGAUUAUGAGCGUCCCUCCCCCGUCCAUCUCUAGCAAAGUGUCCAGAUUUGUCGUGAAAGCUUCCUUCUUUGGAUUGAUGUGCUACGGCUUCUACCGGGUGGGAAAACGGACGGUCAGCGUACUCCUUUCCAUGACAGCCGCGCAGUCGUGUCUCCAGAGGCUGGCUGAGAUCAGACCUCAGAAAUAAGGCGACGGCGGCAGACGAAGCCGGGCGGGCAGCAACCAAAAAUCUGAAUGGGUGCUAACAGCCACACACAGGCGGGGGCCCGCGGGGGCCGGGCAGGGCUGGGGGGCGGGGGACGGGGCCGGGCCCGGGGCCUACGUCCGCCCCUAGCCGCGGCCCGACGUCGCCGAGCGCCGGUGGUGCCCGUGGCCGCGUUCGGGCAACCUCGAGAGGGCGUCUUCUGGCUUGGGUUCCUUCCCCCCGAGGGUCUCUGGUGGUGGGUUCCUGCCGAGUGGCGCAGGGACAGCUGUGGACCGUGUUGGUAUCAUGAUACCAUUGUUAGUUCUUGGUGCCAAGCACCUAUAGGAUAAGACAAUUGAACGAUCAUCUUGUUAUGGGGAGAAUUUUAUAUCAAUCAUCAGCGUCUGUGUGUGUGUUGGGGGGCGGGGGUGGGGUGCCGUUUUCAGAGCUCCUGGCUUCUCAGACAGACCUGUCAGCUGCGGCAGACCUGACUCCGUCCCGUGUGCCCAUCCGUGCCCCCCCUCAUGGACCCCCCUCCGCAGUUGCCUUCAGUCCUGGCCCCACAGCUCCUCGUCCCCCACGGCCCGGCGGCCCAGGCCAUCGCAGGGCCCCCUUUCGUGUUUACAGAGGCCGGCCGGGGAUGCAUCAGGGAGGCUGCCAACCAGCUGCUUUUCCUAAGUCCUUGCCGCUCCAGGCCUUCCCCAGACACAGCUUCUCCCUGUGAGCUUUAACAAAAAUGGCCUUUCUAGACUAGUCAAUCAGACAAGGUUGGUUUUUGGCUCGGGAGGGGUGCCCUGGCCCGGUCGGGGACCAACUUCUCAAUCGUUAGAGUCCUGGGCCUUGGACUCCUCCAAGAAGCCUCGCGUCGGCUGCUCGGCUGCCUUGCUCUGCCCUCUGCCCUCUGCCCCUGCAUGCCCGUCUGGGAUCCUCUCCUUUCUAGAUCAUGGUCGAAACGCAAGAAGUCCAUGUCCCCACUUGGUUCAGAUGAGAUCACUUUUGACAGCCCAGAGCUGAAGGCUACAGCCGGUACCCCUGGCACCUCUCUCUGGGCCGGCCGGUACCCCUGGCACCUCUCUCUGGGCUGGCUGGUACCUGGACACCUCUCUGGGCUGGCCGGAGCCCCUGGUACCCUUGGCACCGUCUUUGGGCCAGCUGGUACCCCUGACACCUUCUCUGGCCCGGCUGGUACCCCUGGCACCUCUCUGGGCUGGGCCACCCUCGCCCAACCAUCUGGGUGAGGCAGGGAGACUGCUCCAUCUCAAUCACUGACCUUGGGAGGACUCAGAGACAGUCAUCUCUUGCUGUUAGGAACCACCGAGUUAAGCCCCCCAGCCUGCCAGGGGGGCACGCCUUCGGCCAGCCCCUUCUGGUGCCGGCUGCUGAGGAGCUUAGGUGGGGGCCUUGGCCUUCCCCCACUUUGGGGGCCCAGCUAGGAGGCCUGGGCUUGGCUUUGCCUUUUUGGGGACUUUUUGGUUCUGGCUUUUUUUUUUUUCUUUUUUUUAAAAGAUAUUUCUAGCUUGUAUAGUUCGGUGCAUUCUGCUUUAAAAAAAAUCUGAUAAAACCUCUGCUCAGGUAAUUUUAAAUUAAAAACUAAUUAAAUGUCAGACAAGCCUUAAGCUGGGUUGUCUCCGAGCCUGUGGCCUGGGAAUGUGAGGGGGUGGGCCCCAGCAGGAACCGGAAGGAGAAAGUUCUGGCAGCCAAGUGCCAUCAGGCAGGGGCUUCUCGGUUGGCUUAGGAGCUGGUUGGCUGGGGCCUUUGCAGCCUGCCCCCCAUAUUUCUUUCCCCCUCCAUCCGUCCUUGUUUGACAUCCUGCAGAGCCGUAGCGUAUCGGAGGCACAGAGGGCUCCCUCCUGUUCCUGCCUCCCCCGGUUCUCCGGGAUGAGAGAAAGUGUUGUAAGCCCCCUCCCCAGCCUCUGCUCCUGUGCCCGGCAGUCAGAACCAGGGCCCGGCUCCACCUGCGGCGUGGGGGCCCGGAGCCCUCCGGGGCAAGACCCCAGCUGGGACACUUGUACCUCUCAGCUGGUGCCCCUCGGCCCGCCCAGGACUUGGUGCGGAGGAGGCGGAAGGGAGACGCUUUGUGUGAGCCCAGCCCCCGGGCCCAGAGGAGACUGUGCUGAAUGGCGCCCGUGCUGCUCCGGGGGGGGCCGGGGAAGCACCGAGGGUGUGCCGGGGACUGUGCUAAAGCAAUGCGGAAAUGGUCGCUGCCCCCAUGGAGCCUCCCUCCCCUGUGCCAGCCCCGGCUGCCCACCCGCCCUCAUCACUUGUGUAGAGCAGCCUGCUUUUAUGACAGUUUACAAAAUGUAUGGAGAUGAAUUCAUGUCUUUUCAAUGCAACGGGCCAGAAUCUGGCUGUGACCCACUUUCCUGACUCAGUGUUAAACCAAAUCGGAUGAAAUGUAACCAGCUGGAGAAUGUUUUCCCCAAGUGUCACGGAAGACUGGGCCGGCUGGUGGGCAGUGCCCGCCGGUGCUCCGAGGCGCAGCCCCCCUCAGAGGCCAAGCGCCUCGGUUUCUUAAGUGCCAGGCUGUAGUGCAGGCUACAGUUCUCUCAAUCAUGUCCUUCAUGUAAUUCAGAGAUUUGUGGUUUCCUUGUGAAAUGAAAAUAAACUUUAAUUUUAGAA